AUGAGGAGGCAGCUGAUGAAUGAUGGCUUGCUGGCCAUACUUGAUGGUUGUCCUCAGCUCGAAUCACUUGACCUAAGGAAAUGUUUCCAUGUCACUCUGUCAGGAAAUUUGGGAAAAUAUGCUGAACGGAUUAAAGUCUUGUCGCAUCCCGAUGAUUCCCCUGAUAACUAUGAAUUCGAUGCUGAUGAUGGAUCUUUUGAUGAAGGCUCGUAUAUUGUCUAUUCCUUAGAUUCCACUAAUGGUGAUGAAUUCGUUGAUGACAUUCAUGAUGAUGGAUCUUUUGAUGAUGAUGAUGGAUCUUCUUUUGAUGAUAAUGAUGACUCGGGCUACGAUCCCACCAACUCCUACUAA